CAGCAGCCGCUGCUUUGAACGGCAUGGCGGGCGGGACGUCUCGACUGAAGGGCCAGAUGGAGAGAAGACGAACUUGGAUACUCAGCCUCCGCCUCUUUCACUCAUUCUGAUGAGAUCGCUGAGCUUCACGCGCGACGAGUACUUCAAGCUUAGCGUCCUCAUGCGGAUGAUGAACAGCACACAUCGCGAGGCGGCGCUCGUCGCAGGAUGCACGGUGGCGUUUCCUCCGUGGUGGCGAUUUGCCCGACGGACGGGGAUUUUCCUGAUCUGCGUCAUGCAUGCCUACGCUGGUCUACUAAAUACGAGGGUGACCCGUUCUGCAAUCUCCGGCGUGCUACUCGAUCCCGUCAGUUUCAUCUUGUUCCUGGUGCUGUGGAUCUCCAUCACAGCGUGUUUAGAGGCGUCCAUAUACCCGAGCCUCAAGGGAUACCUCAUUGCCAGGAACGAAACAUUGUACUCAGGUUUCAUCUCCGGAAUGGGCGCAUACGUGGCUUGCGGCUGGAGAGCGGCGGGUCCGCACUUUGCAUACCCCGGUGUCAUAACGCUCGUCGCCGUUUUUUGGCACUGUUGGUACGCUUCGAUCUACCCGUCCGACAACAAAAAGCUGCAACAAGCACUGGACAAGGACUACGAAGGAGCGAGUAUGGGGGACUGGCUGUAUACAAGCAAUUUCUACAGGCCUGAGCUACAAAGCCUCAAGAUGCCGAGGUGGAAGAAACCCCUUGAUUGGGUAGGCAAAUCAAACCACAAGUUUCGGAACAAACCCACCCUGAAGUACGAUCAGACGGCAAAGCUGGUGCCAUCGGCUUUCUGCAGUAAGCUGGAAGAUCGUCCGGUUGUGGAGUGCGAUAGCCUGGAUGAUCACAUUCCGGUGUCAAAAGAGCAAGCCCUCAAACUCGUGAAUUUGAAAGUUCCACUCGUCUUCCUCAAGGAGGAGGCGAAAACGCUGUGCGAACACCGCCAAGGAAAUCCUGAGGCUGUUGAGAAUGGCGAGCAACGGGACCAUGAAGAGUAUUUCAAGAAACUGAUGGACGAACAACCGAGCAGGCAGACAAAGCUCAAGCCCAUUAUUACAGAUAUUGGUAGGGUGGUCGAUUUCCCCUUUUUGUUUGACGCACGGGAGGGCACGGCGUACGUCGUCUUGGGCCUACUGGCGUUAGGAUUAGCCUUUGCAUUGCCCACUACAGGGAGCAAGUUCGUGUUCGGAGGUCUGGCGGCAGGUUUCGCCCACUUCGCAGACUUUGAAUCCGCACGCGGGUGGACCUACCUACAACAAGCUCUGCUUGAAGACCGCGCCGGAAUAAGGGAUCCAGGCACGGGCUGCACGAGCAAACUCGGAUUAUUACAGUGGGGUGUCCUGUCCAUCAUAGGCGUGGCUUUAGAAUGGCUAUCGUCGCUCACUGACGAGUCGAGCUCAGGAUGGGAGCACUUCGUUACAGCCUGGGUACAUUUGGCAGCCUGUGCCGUGGUACCGGUCGUUAUUACGACAGCCUGGGGAACGUAUUUGACUUGGGAUGCUAGGCGUGCUAGGGAAAGGCGUGCUAGGGAAAGGCGUGCUAGGGAAGACGACAGACCUGGGAAUGGAACUUGGAUACAACCAAACGGCACUCAUCACGGAUAUAGCUUGUUUAUGCAAAAUAAGGAGACCAAUUUCGAUCACUCCUUGGGGCCGGGCGAUGCGUACGUGGUCGGUAGCCAUAGGCUGCUUUUCUCAGACACAGGGGGUGAGUGGCUAAACGAAAAGGUUGGUACCAACGGCAUUAAAGAGGGUCACUUUAGCGUGGAGAAAAGAGGAAAUUUCUGCUUAGUGCAAGUCGGGUGAUGUCAAAGUCGGCCUUCAGGCAAGCAUAAUAAAUGAUUCCGCAGGGCUUGCACAUGGCUGAGGAAAAGACACGUAUGACCUUAGCGCAGGUCGAGCGUUUUCUUUCAACAAGGCGGGGGUAGGCGAUCCGGUAAUAAUUAGCAUUGUAUCACCGAAGUCAGUGCCUGCCGUGGGUGGGGAGAUUAUAUUGAGAAGCUGCCGAGCGAAGCGAGGCUAAAGUGAAGAGCGCUGUUGUUGCGAAGCAGCGCUCGAACUUGCUUCGAAUUCAUACCGGGGGUCGUGAAAUUAUGUAUAGGAGUAUGUGUAAGUGCAAAAAAAAAAGAAAAAAACUUGCAUGGGGGGCCUAUUUGGUAUCGGUCCUAUUUUUCGGUGUCUGUCUGUGUGUGUGUGUGUGUGUGUGU